AUGUCCACAAAACAACUAGAAGACGCCAGCACCUCGGAAUUCUAUAUAGACGAUUAUUCACAACUCCGACUUUCUUAUUAUCGAGUUUCUGAUACCGAUGUGACAUUGGAGGCAUCGACAGAUGAUUCAAACACAUAUGCCGAGGAAACUUGUGACACUUUGGAAACAGACUUGAACGUUACUUCGAACGGCGGCGACGACGCGAAAGAAGUGGAACGUCAAAAACUUCGAGAUUAUUACAUUUCUCAAAUUCCGGAUUUACCUCAUCCGGCUUACAGUGUGGCAUCGAUUAUCUCUUCUGCAUCUCACAGGAUGGGAUCAGUGCAUUUGAAAUAUAAUAAUAGAAUUGAACAAGGUGAUCAGCUUCGUGACACAGAGAAAUACAUGGAGUUUUCCCCGCAGCGUCGGUCUACUUUAAAACCUAGUGAAUUUCUAAAUAAAUGA